CGGUCUCCUCCACAAACUCACUCUAUUAGGAAAACAAGACUGCUGCUGACAUGAAGCUGGGAUUGCUGUUGGCGUUGGCCGUGGCCGCCUUUGUGCCUCACCUGUCUGAGAGCAGGAUCAUCUCAAGAUGUGAGCUGAAGCAGAAGCUCCAGCAGGCUCUGACCGUUACCAAAGCCAACGGGAAAAACUAUGACCAGAUCAUAGCUCUAGUUUCCUGCGAAGUGGAGAGGAGAUCCCAUCUCGACUCCAGCCUGGUGAUGGGGAACGCUGAGCGCCCUCCUCUACCAGUCACACCAACCGCACAGGUGGCUGCUGGGAAUGAAACGGUCGCCGGCGCAGGCACCAGCUCAACAACCUCGGCAGCAGCCGUCAGCACCGGUGUCGCCCUGAACAGCACCGCUGGGGGUUUGAGACGAAAGCGGGAGGCUCGGUUCGAAGGGAAACGCAAUGGGAAAUGGAGCAGGAAUGAUGAUGAAGAAGGCAAGGACGACAACAGUGACGAUGACAGUGAUAGCAGCAAUGACGAAAGUACCGAUGAAGAUGAAGAGAACAGCGAAGAUAGCGAAGAUAACAGCAGUGAAGAUGAAGAGAACAACGAAGAAAGUGACGAGACCAGUGUUGGCCAUGGAAGCCAGGAGAAUGUAACUCAGGCGGCCAUGAUACCCACGGUUGCCACGGACACAACUGGGAUGUCAAACAGCACUGCUGGCAGCUUGAGACGAAAACGAGACGCUCCAUCCAGAAAGGAACACAAGAAAAAAGGCAAGAAAGACAAUAAGAAAGAGAAUGACAGCAGCGAAGAAAACCAUGCUGGUAAGCACAGUCAGGAAUCUUCUUCUACUUCAGGUGAAGGUCAUGAGAAGGUAACCGGUGGAGGCAUCAGGUCAUCAACCAGUAAACCCACCACAUCCGCCGCCUCCUUCUCCGCUACGGGCACCGCUGCUGUGUCCGGCAGCACCUCUGCAGGGUUGAGAAAGAAACGAGAGGCCCGGUUCAGGAGGAGUCCAGACAGAAGAGACGGCAAAGAGGAGAGGAGCGAAGAAGAGGAGAGCAAAGAAGAGAAAGGUGGGAAAGGCGGAAAGCAAAACCAUAAACCGUCUGAAGGUGGAAGCCACCAACAGGGAACCGUUAAGCCCACCCUGAGCGCCGCCUCAGUUCACGCCACCGCCUCGGCUUUUGCCUCUCCUUCUGCUGCAAUCCCAACCGGGACGCCCGGCGCUCUGAGACGGAGGCGACGGGCCUCCUCCAUGGAGAAGAACAAGGACGAUGACAAAGGGGACAAAAGCAAAGAAAGCAAGGAAGCCUCUGAGGAGGAGCACUCCAACGGGUCUGUCAGCUUUUACGGCCUCUUCCAGCUGUCCAGCAGCCUCUGUGAUUUGGGCAACAACGGCUCCAAGAACGAGUGCGGCAAGAAGUGCUCAGCUUUCAUCGAUGGAGACAUAACAGACGAUGUCGAAUGCUUCGUGGACAGUGGUUACUGGAGAUCAGUUCUGAGGGACAUCUCCAGCAUCUGCUUCAAGCAAAUGGACUCCUACUUUGCUCAAUGUCAAUAAGAAACUCCACAAAUCCAGUUUCUACCUCUUUCAAAAAGCUUUCACUUUUGGCUUUUGGGUGCAAAUAUGUUUCCGUCAUUAGAACUGACAUCCUUUGGUGUUUCUCUAAGUUGUAGAGUAUGUACUGAAUGAAAUCUAAUGCUUUUUUUUCUCUCAAUAAAAGUGCAUUCUAUCAUGAAAUGUAUUAACAUGCUUUGGAGCUGAAAUAAGUUGGAAAUAAGUUAUAAUUUCUGACUCUUUGGUCAAUUUACUGUAAAGAAGCAAAAGAAAUCUGCCAGUAGACUCAGAAAGAUAUUCUUAAGAAUUCUUAUUUUGAAAAUUCUGGUCACAAAGACAUGAUUUUUCAAAAUAAGAUAGGAAAUAAGAAACAUUUUCUUUUUACUUUCCCAAGAUUUAGUUUUUGCAGUAUCAGUACAUUUAAAAAAAGAUUUUAUUUUAAUGCUGUUCUUUUUUUUAUUAUUAUUAUUAUUGGUAAAGCGAUUUAAAGACGUUUUCCAAAAAAAGAGAUCCACCCUCAUUAAAGUUUAAAAGAGUAAAACCCAAAAGUUUAAAGUUCUAAAGAGAAAAAUUGAGAAGUUAGAAUGAAUGUUGUGCAGUAUGUUCAAAUAUUUGAAGUUUUGACUGGAACUUUAUGACUGAAAUGUUUAAUUGAUGUGAUCAAUUACACUGACAAUAAAAUCUUGUCACAUAA